CUGAACUCAUCUGCAGAUGAACAGAGAAGAGAGAUGGCUAAGCUUCAUCGAUUCGGCCCUUCGCAGCAAAUGUCGGUUUCAAGAAGAAAGCCGGUCGGCCGCGCGACACAUGAAUUGCCCACUUUGAGGCGACUUCGGGGCGAAAGUGGGCGGACUGAUUGCUUUUGGGGCCAGAAAUACCAGGACCGCAGCGUCAUCGCCGCGGCCAAUCAUGAUGAUGCCUGUGAUAACUACACUUCGAUAAGGACCUCGCAGCAGCCAUGAGCAUUCAAAAACCCACGCCUCCCGGCUCUGAGUCAGCUCGAUUUCUGUCUUGCGAUGCCAGCUCGAAAGGACGCCGUGCCAGGUCCUGAGUACCCCCAGCAGCCUGCGCCAUCGCCGUCGCGUUUCGCGCGCCGGCGCAUGCUCUUGCUCUUCGGUGUUGUCUCCGCGGGCGCCGCACUCUAUCUUCUCGGACCCAGCUCUGUGCGGACAUCGGUGAACGGCGCGAUCAGCGGACAUGCGCGCCAUUUCGACAAGGUCCCUGGGCUUUGCGCGGACACCGCGCCGAUUCCGAUAACCGCCCCGCGGGAGAACGUGUGGGGGAACUUCGGCCGGGAGGAGGCUGCUGCGCUACGGGAGUGGGUCUCAACGAAGACGGAGAUCGAUGGGCAGCUGGUGAAGUUCACGGGGGUCAUGGCUGCAGCCGACUUUGAUAACGCGAUUCAAGUCAUCGAGAACUUUCCUCCUCCGAAGGACGCUACGCUCGCGUACUUGGACGGUGCUGGUCCCGAACCUGAGCGGUUUGCCAAGGUAAUCCUGAACCUUGGAGGUCUGUCGCCACCCAGAAUUGGCAGAUACUUGCUCGGACCUCUGCCGAAGACUAUUUCGUCGCUCUCAUUGUCCUCUCCUUCCGUCAAGCUUACUGAGCUGACCCACAUCUACAACAACCGGCCGGAUGUUCCUUACACGGCUCGUUUGUACACUCUCAACGGGACCUACACACAGACGUUCAUCCACAAGAUCCUCGGACCCAUGGAACAUGCUCUCAUCGACCUCCUCGGCAGCUCGCUUUCUGACUCUGAGGUCGGGAAUGCGCCUCCUCCUCCCGCUGGCGACGGCCGACUUGUUUUUGGUGCGAGCACACCGUUCUCUUACGACGGCUCUUUCCGUCGCAUGUGGCUGCAGCUCAAGAAGAACGUCCCCGGCUCCUACCUGUUCGCCCUCGACAUGUUUCUAUAUGUCGAUACGACGUCUACAAACCCCGACGAGUGGUAUCUUGUGCACAUGGUAUACAAUAGCCAGAUGUUCAAGACUGUCAGUAGCUUUCUGGAAGCAUACGAUAACGGGACACUCAAGCGCUCACCAGCGCCCGAAGUUGCCAAGCCUGGUGAGGAGGGCUGGGCCGCCCGCGCUAGGAAGGGAGACAAGCGAGACCUAGACGAGAGAGCGGGGCCCCGCCAGGUGUCGUUCAAUGGACCUCGAUACCGGGUCGAUGAGAAGAACCAGUUCGUGUCGUGGAUAGGCUGGUCGUUCUACCUCAGUUUUGCGCGCGACAUGGGGAUGAGUCUCUGGAACAUCAACUUCCGCGGCGAGCGUAUCAUCUACGAGAUCGCGCCUCAGGAAGCGCUUGCGGUGUACUCCGGGAGCGAUCCGCACCAGGCCAGCACUGUGUUCCUGGAUGGUGGAUUCGGGAUGGGGACGGCGACUCGGGCUUUGUUCAAGGGAUACGACUGCCCCUAUGACGCGCUGUACCUACCAGCCAUCACCCACGCAGAGUCUGGUACGGUUAUCCGGCAAGACGCAAUCUGCGUCUUCGAGCGCGACUCGAACAAGCCGAUCAGCCGACACACGGGCUAUCUGAAGGACGAGAUGGGUGCCACCAAGGGUUACGAACUCGUCGUGCGCACCAUCAGCACUGUCGGAAACUACGACUAUCUCUUCGACUACACGUUCCAGCUCGACGGUUCCAUCGAACUCCGUGUCUCUGCCUCCGGCUAUCUGCAGGGAGCGUGGUGGGCCGAAUCUGAGCACGACUACGGGACCCGCAUCCGGGACACUUACAUGGGAUCUCUGCACGAUCAUGUCAUCAACUACAAAGUCGACUUCGAUAUCGCCGGCACGGCGAACUCGUUCAUGGCCAUCUCUCUGGAGAACGAGGUCACUUCCUUCCCCUGGUUCGAGGAAGACUGGGGCGCGGUCAACCAGCAGAAGAUCGUCCGCAAGUACGUCGCAAACGAGAGCGAUGCGCUGCUCGACUACCCGCAUAAUCUGGAGGGCGCUUUCCUCAUCGUCAAUAAGGAGGCGCACAACCGCUGGGGCAACCCUCGCGGCUACGUCGUUCACCCCGGUGUCUCUGCCAUCCACAUGACGAACCUCGACAACAAGCGCACGGAACAUAAUGUCAACUUUGCCAAGCAGCAGUUUGCUGUGUCGGUCCGGAAGGAGACGGAGCCCAGCGCGUCGUCGCUCUGGAACAUCAACCUUCCCGGAAAGCCUCCGGUCGACUUUUUCAAGUUCUUCGAUGGCGAGUCCCUCGACCAGAAGGAUCUGACGACUUGGAUCAACUUGGGCAUGCACCACAUCCCGAGGGCAGAAGAUUCCCCGAUGACGCUUACGAACCUGGCAACCUCGUCCGUGCUGCUGUCGCCCUUCAACUUCAACGACUGGGAGGUCUCGAUCGAGAGCAUGAACGCGAUCGUGUACAACGUCCCCGAGCCCGGGCAGCAGUGGUCGGCCGACGAAUACGGCGUCGAGAUCGAGUACUGCUUGCCGCCUCCUGUCGCACAGAACUCCUACCCGGGCUUGCAUCUCUUCGAAGAGGACGGCUCGCCUGCGAAACCGGAACGCGUCCAUGCUAUGCGCCAGCGAGCGGAGAGCUAUCACGCGAUUUUCGCGUCGAGCGACUUGUAGAGCGAGGGUGUCGUGUGUCGUGUGUGAUCGGUUAGUAGGAAGGGAUGGUAGGGCUCCAAAGGCUCCUAGCUAUUGUAUUUAGAGGGCCCUACAGAGCAUUACCGGCGCGAAUGGGGCGCUAGGGACGGGCUUUAAAAGAGUCGAUAGAAGACACAGUCACGUGUACAUCAUCCGUAAUCCACGUGCAAACUCUCUGCCUAGUGCGUCGAGCAGGACUCGGGAUAGAACUAUCAGCUUUACGAUGCAGCAAAGAUAGGGAAUACCCGCAUUGCGACACCUGUCAUUCCCCCGCGAUGAAAGACAGUCAUGAAUAGGAGACCAUAGUCCCCGAGGAGCAUCCUGUAACUCGCGCCUAUCAUGCAUUCUUUCGGACACAUCCUCAGUCUACUCCAGCUAUGCACACUUAUCCUCGCCAACCCAGUCUCCCCUCUCCGCUGCUCGUCCAGCAACGACCACCUCGACCCCGCGUCGAAGAAAUUCAUGUCGGACUGCAGCGACACGACCUUCUGCUCCGGCACAAAUGUAUCCACGUCCACAUGCAUCCCACGCCAAUGCCGCCGCGACGAGUUCCCGUUCGGUUUCCCCGCCGACGCGGCGCUCCCGCCCAUGUGCCCGCGCGGGUCGUUCUGUCCCGACGAGGGCAGCGGAUGCCGGCCGCUGGUCAGUGUGGGUGGAGCGUGCCAGCUGAAUCGGGACGAGCAGUGCGCGCCGUCUCCGCCGCCGCCUCCCUCGGUGGGGCAGCAGAACUCGCUCUGCCUAGCGUCGAUCUGCACGUACGCCAAUGCGACCCUCGGCGACCGCUGUACCUCCGACGACACGGUCUACACCGACGUCGCGCCUGAUGGGGAGCCGGUCUUCACGACAGUUACACGCGACAACUGCCUUUCCCCGACGCUCUACUGCGAGAGCGGGACGUGUAAGCCGACGCUGGCCCUCGGUGCGUCCUGUGUCAACGACCGUCAAUGCACCUUGAUGAACUGUGUCUCUGGGGCAUGCGCGAGUGCACCAGAGACCCCGCUGCGCAUCGCGCCGUGGCAGAGCGCCCUCACCGCAUCGGCCAUCGUCGCAGCCGUGAUCACGAUCUGCAUGUCCCUCACCAUGAUCCACAAACGCCAUGCUCUGGACCAGUCGAGGGCAUUACACGAUUAUCUGUAUCAGCAAGCGAGGUUUCGCCAUUCUAUUGCGGCGUUGCGUGCCGAAGAAAAAGCGUAUGUGGCAUGCGGCGA